AUGACCAGUCUAAAGUACGACAACAAGAACCGUCUCAAGUGGUCCGCUUGGACAUUCACCUACCUUUGCGCCUUCAUCCCUCCCCUCGUCGACUCAUACCUGGUACAAGGCCGGAUAGAGUGGUACACGUGGGUCAGUUUGGUCAUCAUGGCCUGCUUCCUGCUCCAUUAUUUGAUCAUGCUAGUGAUCCCAGGCGACAUGGACGGCGGGAUUGCAACCUUGUUCUUGGCGAGUUCGGUGACAUUGACCGCAUUCACAACCUUUGGGACAUAUCAGGCGUACCAGGGGUCCGGAACCGGCACAGGAACAGGCGUCAUAACGAUGGAUCUGGCGAGGAGUAGAAUGAGCUACUUUACCACGUUAAUUGGAGGACUGUUGGCCAUUAUCUCCAUGUUCAUUCAAUGGCAGAUGGACAAGCAUGCCGACGACUAG